AUGGACGACUCACGGCCUGCCUUGGGCACAGUUCUCUGGGUUGUCCUCCUGGCCACGCUGGGCUUUGUGGCCAGCCAGCCCCUGGGGGCUGAGUCCUUGUGCACUGCCCGACCGCUGGCCAAAUACAGCCUAACCUUCACGGGCAAGUGGAGCCAGACGGCCUUCCCCAAGCAGUACCCGCUGUUCCGUCCGCCUGCGCAAUGGUCGUCCCUGUUGGGCGCGGCUCACAGCUCUGACUACACCCUGUGGCGGAAGGGCCAGCAUGCCAGCAAUGGGCUGAGGGACUUCGCAGAGCGCGGCGAGGCGUGGGCCCUAAUACGGGAGAUGGAGGCCGCUGGGGAGCGGCUGCAGAGUGUGCACGGUGUGUUCUCAGCCCCCGCCGUGCCCAGUGGCACCGGGCAGAGUGCCACGGAGCUGGAAGUGCACUCUAGGCAUUCGAUGGUGUCCUUCGUGGUUCGCAUUGUGCCCAGCCCCGACUGGUUCGUGGGCGUCGACAGCCUGGACCUGUGUGAGGGCAGUCGCUGGCGGGAGCAGGUGGCCCUGGACCUGUACCCCUAUGAUGCGGGCACGGACAGUGGCUUCACCUUCUCCUCCCCCAACUUCGCCACUAUCCCCCAGGACGCUGUGACUGAGAUCACGUCCUCCUCCCCCAGCCACCCGGCCAACUCCUUCUACUACCCACGGCUGAAGGCCCUGCCGCCCAUCGCCAGGGUGACCCUGGUGCGGGUGCGGCAGAGUCCCCGGGCCUACGUGCCGCCUGCAACAGACCUGGCCAGCAGGGGCAAUGAGAUCCUGGAUAGCCUACCAGCUCCAGAAACUCCGCUGGAUUGCGAGGUGUCCCUGUGGUCCUCCUGGGGGCUGUGCGCAGGCCCGUGCGGACAGCUAGGCACCAAGAGCAGAACCCGCUAUGUACGUGUGCAGCCCGCCAACGAUGGGAGCCCCUGUCCCCCUCUGCAGGAGGAGGCCGACUGCGCCCCCGACAACUGUGUCUGA